GGCCCCCCAGGCGGGGCGACAGGCAUCGGGCCCCCAGGCGGUGCGGGCGACAGGCAUCGGGCCCCCAGGCGAGAGCGGCCGGGCGCCGGACCCCCAGGCGGGGCUACAGGUCUCGGGCCCUCAGGCGGAGCGCGGCGGGCGGCGCCGGACCCCCAGGGCGGGUGGGGGCUACAGGUCUCGGCCCUCAGGCGGAGCGGCGGGCGCCGGACCCCAGAUGGAGCGCAGGUCUCGGGCCCUCAGGCGGACAGCGGCGGGCGCCGGACCCCAGCCCCCCAGAUGGAGCGACAGGUCUCGGGCCAUCAAGGCGGCGCGGCGGGCACCGAGUCACCA